UCGCCGAACCGUGAGAUCCAAUCCAACGGCGACCGCCAACAUCUUCCCCCCAGCACUCCAUCGCCCGCCGCCCGCAGACCUCCCUCCUCCGGCGACCGGCCGCCCCUCGCUGCCAGAUCGGCGCCCCCCACGCCAUCCCCGCCUGCCCCCCCGGCAGAUCUACUACGCGGGCGCUGCCCCACCCCACCCGGCCGACGCCGGUCAUCCCUAGCCACGAUACAUAAUAGAUCAGUCUCUUGUUGGGAAGUGCGAUUAUUUUAUUUCCAAUAGAUAGUUUGCUUUUGAGAAAUGGAAUCAUUUUAUCGUCAAUAAGAAUUCUGCUUCUGGGAGCUGGUGAAGAUGACUUGUGCAUAGAUCGAGCUUCAGUCUGAUGGAUUCUGACGACAAGAAGUUUGGCAAAGGACCUAGGGAGCUCACUGGUGCUGUUGAUUUAAUAAGUCAGUACAAAUUGCAGCCGCACCAUGAUUUCUUUUGCAAGAGGCCUUUGCCACUUGCAAUCUCAGAUACACAUUACCUUCACAAUGUUGUGGGGGACACUGAAAUUCGGAAAGGAGAAGGAAUGAAGCUAGAUCAACUCGUUCAGAAUGCAUACUUAAGGGAUAAGCCUGCUUAUAUUAAGUCCUUUGAUAUGGAAACACUGGGGCAAGCAUUUCAGCUUCGAGAAACUGCUCCAGUAGAUUUACCCUCUGCUGAAAAAGGUAUACCUACUAUUUCGGGCAAACCGAAAAGUGAGUCCAAGGACAAAGAGAAAAAACACAAAAAGCACAAAGACAAAGAUAAAGACAGGGAGCAUAAGAAGCACAAACAUCGACAUAAGGAUCGGUCUAAAGACAAAGACAAGGACAAGGAUAAGAAAAAGGAUAAGCAUCAUGAGAAGAAGAGGAAGCAUGAGGGGACGGAGGAUUCGGCAGACGUGCAUAAGCACAAAAAAAGCAAGCAUAAGAGUUCCAAAACCGAUGAGAUGGGUAAUGGACUUAGUUAGCUACAGUUUUCUUCUUACUUCUAUUGUCAAUCAAUGUCAUAUUCUGUUAGAAGGAGGCUCAAAAGGUUUCUGUCACCAGACCUGCUACAGAUCAAUUGAUAUCAUGAAUGGCUGUUUAUUUGAAGGUGCUUCAGAUUAGGGUCUUGCCUGCUGCUAAUUAUGUUGUUCUUGCAGUGUGGACCUUGUGGAAAAUGUAACUUGUAACAUGGGACAAUCGAACUGUAUUUUGCAACUUUUUUGUCCCUCACUGACUAAAUUGGUUGCCUUGUAGGAACAUUUAGAUAGGACUUCUAAUGAGAUUUUCUCUCUUAAGAUUAGGAAAUCUGAAUAGGUGUUUUUUGAUGAGAUAAUUCGUAAGAGUAAGAGCAGCCAGCUAUUUCUUUUAGGUAGGACUUCUAAUGUGAUUUUCUUAAAGGUUAGAACAUCUGGGAAGUUUGUUUGUGAUGAGAUAAUUUUUUAAGACUAGGAUUUUCUUUAGAUAGGGCUUCUGAUGGGAUUCUUUUAAAAUUCAGGACAUCUGUGUAGGUCUCUUUAACGAGACAUUUAUCAAAGACUAGGAGCAGUCCAUUAUGCUGACCAGGCCUGUGGUAAAGUCAUUGAUGUAGCAUGAGUUUGUAGUAAAAAAAAGUCAUUGUAUGAUAUGGAAAUGAAGCUAUGUUCCUUGUGCUGAUGAUAAAACUAAUUAAUUCA